UGAAUAAACAUCAGCUACUUCUGUUGAACAGGCACUCCAGACAGGGAAGUCGGAAACCUAGGGGUUUUAUAGUUAGAAUUUGCUAUUUUCAACGGUUUCAUUCAAAUAUUUCCAAGUGUUGCAACUUUAUAGAAGUAACUUAGCAGCCUCAGUAUUCCCAUUUUGUGUUAGAGGCUAAUAUUGUGCUAACGGGACGAACUGCUUAAAACAAGCACAACACAUUCCUGGAUGAAGAAGGAAUGAAAAAACCACCAGUUGCCCCCAAACCCAAGCUGGUUCAGUCACAGAAACCAUCACCUCCCCCCAUCGCCCCAAAACCAGAGAUCCUGCUGCCUUCACCCUCACCCACUGCACACAAGAGAGGAAAACCUGCUGUCGCCCCCAAACCAUGUUUGCCCAAAGCCCCUCAGAAACCUUCUCUGCCAAGACAAGAUCCCUGCAAAACCCAACAUCCCCCUGUCUCCAAAAAUGGAGGUCCUGCUCUACUAUCCUCACACCUGUCACAUUACAUUAUACCACCCAGUACUCAAGGUCAUCAGCUAGGUAACAGCAAAUCAGAUGAUUCUAAGAAAAUAUGUGGAACAGCAGAGGUAGGUGUUUUCAAAGAGGGGGACAUUCCAAAAGAACAGUUGUUUUACAAUGACACACUGGAACAUGCUUCCCGAUCUGAACGGGAACAAAUGCAUGCUCCAACAGACUCAUCCCACACUUCAACAGAGGCACAGGAAGAACCAAACUCUGCCACACUAGAAAAGGACCAGGCAGGUACACAAAAACAAAGUUCUGUGCCGAUCCCAAAAAACAGUCCUACGGAAGGUCUGCAGGAAUGGUCUGCAGAGCAGAAACACACUGUGAACUCCAUUUUUAGCUCUUGCACCAGUGGCAAUGAUGGUGUUCCUGCACCCCCCAGCAAGCCACUCCCCGUACCCCAUCCACGACGCCCUAGGAGGGCGCUUCUUAGGCAGAAUGUUGUGGAAAUUGCACCUUUGGACACUCAAGCAGAUACACCUACAGAGACUCCUGAACACGUUACGACAGACACAUUAGUAGAAAAUCCCCAAAACACUUCAAAAAGCUAUCACACCUACACAGACACACCUCUAAAUUUAUGUUCCCCUAAAGAUAACGCGGAAAACAUGGACACUGAAUCCUCAACCAACACUGAUUCUUUGCACAAUGUAGACUCUUUUCACAGUGCACAUACUGAAGACGUGCCUCCUGAUCUAGACUCCACUCAUUAUUCAGUUCCAACAAAUGGCGUAACUUUAGCUUCCAUGAGCACAGCUGCGGAGGAGGGGUCGCAACCUCCAGCUCCGCCACUUCGACAGAAAUCCCUCCCACAAAUGGUUGAUUCCUCAUGCAAGGCCUCAACAUCAGUGGACAACUUGCUUUUGCAUUGCCACUCAGAUCUUAAAGAGGUUGAGUGUAAAGAUGAGGAGGUCCAAGAUGAUGAUGAAGAAGAUUGUGCAUAUGGAGAUUUUGCUCGAUACCCAAUAACUCAGAGUCUUCCUAAACAGAUUAAGCUCAGCUGUGGAUCACAAGUGGAAGCUAUAACCAAGCCAUCUCUGGACGGGGAGGAAAAGUCACCGAAAGUCAUGCCUAAAAAGCCCCAACGAAACAGUCUUCCCGCAUCCGCCAUGUUGCGGAAGCAAAAUACGCCUUCGCUAACGCACACUCCUCCUCCACUUCCUAACUCCAGUCCUCCCAUAUUUAGAGAACUUCCGGCACCUCCUCAGGAGAAACCUUCAUGGCGUGUCGCUCUUCCUAACAUCCCUCUCUUCAGUAGAAACCAGUCGGCUCGCAGUAACAGCCAACCACAGGCUGGAGGUCUGGGAUCUGUUUUUGUUAAACAGAGGGCAAAGUCGUUUUCCUCUGCAGAUCUUCAGAGAGUGGACACAGGAUCCGAAUCUUCCGAGCAGUUGGUGCGCUCCGAUCAAACGCGCCGUAGCUUGCGGAAACUUCUAGAGCUGCGUGUGUGUGCACGGUUGCUUCCAAAGUUGCUUCGCAGUGGACAAUCCCUGGAUUGCACUCGUACUGAUGCUGAAUACGAGGAGCAUGAAGCCACGCCCACUAAUCAGGUUGCUCCUGGUGAUGAUGAAGAAGCUCAAGAUGACAGUGAGGCAGACUGCGGAGUGGAAUACGAGAAUGUCCCAUUAUAUGAGGAGAUUCCGGAGUACAUGAACCUGCCCUGGGUUUAUUCAAGCCAGGAUGUGGACACAGGCGUGUAUGAAAUUCAGGAACCAUGUGAGGCGAACAGAUGUUCUGUGAGUGGUGAUCUGUCAGAGGAUGGAUUGAGCUCUAAUGAGGAAGAUGGCAACAGUUCUGAUUCCAGCAAAGAAGACGUGAGCCAUUCAAUAGACAAAGAGGAGGUAGAGAGGGCAAAGAGGAACAAGGUGGUCCACAUCGCAAUGGAGAUCAAGAGCUCAGAGAAAGUGUUUGUGGACGUUCUGAAGUUACUUCACAUCGAUUUCCGGGAUGCAGUUGCUAAAGCUACUCGUGCGAGCGGGAAGCCGCCGGUUGAGGAGAAAGUGUUGAAUCAGAUAUUAUACUAUCUGCCCCAACUCUACGAACUCAAUAAAGACCUACUGAAAGAGCUGGAGGAGAGAGUGGCCCACUGGUCUGAUCAUCAGAGAUUGGCUGAUAUCUUUGUUCAGAAAGGUCCGUAUCUGAAGAUGUACUCUACCUACAUUCGAGAGUUUGACCGUAAUGUGGCUCUGCUGGAUGAACAAUGUCGCAAAAAUCCGCCUUUUGCUAGUGUUGUGCGUCAGUUCGAGAUGAGUCCACGCUGUGCUAAUCUUGCUUUAAAGCAUUACCUGCUGAAACCGGUGCAGCGGAUACCUCAAUACCAGCUCCUGCUCACAGAUUAUUUGAAGAACCUUCCUGUGGAUUCAUCUGACUAUAAAGACACACAAACUGCUCUCAGUGUGGUGAAAGAAGUGGCGAACCACGCGAACGACAUCAUGAAGCAAGGGGAUAACUUUCAGAAGCUGAUGCAGGUUCAGUACAGUCUGAACGGUCACCAUGAAAUCGUCCAGCCUGGCAGGGUUUUCUUAAAGGAGGGCACUCUGAUGAAACUCUCCAGGAAAGUUAUGCAGCCCAGAAUGUUCUUCCUGUUCAAUGAUAUUCUGCUGUACACAACACCCGUUCAGUCUGGCCAGUAUAAAGUCAACAGCAUGCUCUCUCUGGCUGGCAUGAAGGUGAGCAAACCAAGUCAGGAGGCCUAUCAGAAUGAGUUAAACAUAGAGAGUGUGGAACGCUCCUUCAUACUGUCUGCCAAUUCAGCCACAGAAAGAGACGAAUGGCUGGAAGCCAUCGCUAAAGCAAUAGAUGACUACACCAGAAAGAAGAUUUCUUUCUUUUCCAGUCGAAGCCAAGAGUCGGAGGGAAUCUCUGAUGAUGGUCUGCCGCUGGGCUCUAAAGCUCCUAUCUGGAUUCCCGAUUUGAGAACGACCAUGUGUAUGAUCUGCACGUGCGAGUUCACGCUCACCUGGAGACGCCAUCACUGCCGUGCCUGCGGAAAGGUGGUGUGUCAGGCAUGUUCAUCCAAUAAAUACUACCUGGAAUACCUAAAGAAUCAGCUGGCACGAGUGUGUGACCACUGCUAUAUCAAACUACAGCACAAGGGUGACCAAUCCAAUGUGACCGUUUCCCCUAGUGGGAGGAGUUCAACUUUUGCUUUUUCUAGAAAACAGAAGAAGAUUCCUUCUGCCCUCAAAGAGGUGUCUGCCAACACUGAGAAUUCCUCCAUGAGUGGAUAUCUGCAAAGAUCCAAAGGCCACAAGAAACCGUGGAAGAGGCUGUGGUUCGUCAUUAAGAACAAAGUCCUCUACACUUAUGCCGCUAGUGAAGAUGUUGCGGCAUUGGAGAGUCAGCCGCUGCUGGGCUUUUUCCUCCGAGAGGAGAAGACCGGACCGGCUCAAAAAAUGCAGUUUAAACUGUAUCAUAAAAACACACUUUACUACAUCUUCAGAGCAGAGGACAUCCCCACUGCUCAGAGAUGGAUUGAAGCGUUUCAAGAGGCCAUGAUCCUUUGACUGGUCUGGAUUGGAUUAAAUAGAAUGAAUA